AUGUCUCCGGUCGUCGUCAACGCCAUGAGCGUCAAGCCCACCGUCCGCACGGCGUCCGCGGGCGUGUUCACGAAGGGUAAGAACUACGCGAACAUUCAAGAGGCCACCGCGGCGGGACUCGUCGGGGCGUCGGCGCCGUUCCCGGAGGGACUCGACGUGCUCGGAUUCUGCAACGGCAUCGACGGGGCGUCGCUCCAGCGAUACCGCGAGGCGGAGCUCACGCACGGUCGCGUGUCGAUGCUCGCGACGGUGGGAUUCUUGGUCGGCGAACAAGUCGAGGGGUCGAGCUUUUUGUUCGACGCGCAGGUGACGGGUCCGGCGGUGAACCACUUCCAACAAGUGCCGACGCCGUUCUGGUUCGCGAUCGGCGCGACGAUCGCGAUCGCCGAAUCCACGCGCGUGCAAGCGGGCUGGCAAGAUCCGGGUCAAUCCGACAAGCUCUUCUUGCUCAAGGAUGGCUACACGCCGGGCGACUUGAACUUCGACCCGCUCGGCCUCGGCCGAGGCAAGUCCGAGGAAGAACUCGAUGAACUUCGAUUGAAGGAGCUCAACAACGGCCGCCUCGCGAUGAUCUCCAUCUCGGGUAUGAUCGCGCAAGAACUCGUCGAUGGCUUGAACUUGAUCCCGUCCGACGUCGCUCUCGAGCUCGGCAACGGCGACUUGCAAGCCAUGGAGCAGGCGUGCGCCGGCAAGCCGGAUGAAGCCGCGUGCGCCAAGGCGUUCGAAGCGACUCUCGAAGCCGCCGCUCGCAUGAGCUAAGCGUCGAAUCUUUCUGAUUCUGCUUCAUCAAUCUCGUCAUGAGAUUGAGUUCUCUCCGAGCACGCGCGUCGGGUUGAACUCGCCAUUCAAGCUUUUACACAUUUUUUGUAAACCUCUAACGUCAAUUCUUACUG